CUUUUUUUUCUUGCCGGCGGCUUACUGGUCCCGCGCGGCGCUUUUCAGUCGCCUCGGGGGCCGGCGCGCCGCGUCGCGCGCUUGCUUUUUUAUCCCAAAGCUUAGGCCUGUCGAGGCCGCGCCGGCGUUUGCGCGAACCGCGCGAGGCGGGGCCCGCGUCCCUGAGGUUCCGCCGGUCUGUUGCGUCGCUCCCCUUGUCUAUGUGUGGCUCAGACCGCUGUGAGGGUGCUUUUUGGGCUCUCAAAGUCGGCCGCAGACUAACGUGAAAAGCCGGGCUCUCACCGCUCGAACAAUGACCCACGACGUCGCUGCGUACUCUCAGAGAUCUUUCUGGGACGAUGUCGACCGCCGCCGAUAAAACCCGCACCUCCAGCUAUCGAAUCGAGGCCCGCAAACGCCAAGGCUGCCCGAGGACGCGGAGGAAGCGACACGAUUGGCCAAGGCUUGCUGAGCUGAAGUCCCGUCCGCCCGGUCCUACUCGUUCGCGCACUCGGAAGUGCUGCACCGACAGAGCUGCCCACUGCUAUGGCCGAUCUGCCGCCCCCGCCAGACCCCGCGGCCGUCCAGGCGAUGAUGGACGCGAAGACGCCCCAUGAAGCGGCCAUGGCGCGUGUGAAGAUGAGCUCUCAAGAAAUAUGGGAGCUGUACCAACAAGCAGAAGAAUUCAAUAAACAAGACGCCGUCCUCGAGCUCGAAAUGAAGAAUGCGUGGCUCGAGUACGAAAAAACAAAAGCACCUCUGGAGGAAGCGAAGAAGCGCCUCACGACGCCCGGGGCCCUGAACCCCGACAACCCGCCGCCGCCCUUGGAACCCGAACUUAUUGGAUUGCCUCCAUUGUCAGAUCCGUGGUGGAAGCACAAGCGCGGCCCGCCGCCGCCGCCAUCGGAUGAAAGAGCCCCGGACAUGCCGCCGCGCAAACUAAACGAGGGCGAGGCGCCGCCGCCGCCUCCAUCAAAUCCGUACGCGAAGUUCGAGAAUUUAGCGGAUUCGAGCGACGACGAAAAGCCUUCAAGGAAGAACCUCGAGGGGAUUGUGUCGUCGGAGCUCAAUCUCGAGCAGCUCAAGGCGUACAGUGACAUGAGCGAGGCCGAGUUCGAGAAGGUGCUCCAGUUGAAGGACGAGGAGAUAGCGACUAAACAAUCGAAGAACAGUGAACAGGAGCGGCGCAUCGCCGAGGCUAAUGAAACACUACAAAAGGUCGAGGCGAAGACGGCGGAGCUGUCGGCCGCGAUGGCGCGCGACGCGCCCGUCGAGGAGCUCGCCGCGCUGCACCGCGAGCUCGAUCAGCUGGUGUUGCAAACCUCAAGAAACCUGCCGGCGGACUUCCCGCCGCCUCCCGAAAGGGGCGAGCUGUCUGGAGACUCCGAAGACGAGGGUCUGGCCGGCGUCGACGCAGGCGUCGAGGAGGAGAAGGACGAUCCAUCGCCGCGGUCAGACGAGUAACCACCUUUCUUGUGA